CCGACCAACACACAGACUCACGAAGUUUCCCACAGCCGUAAUGGAACUUUCCUAUCAAUCGAUAAAAAUCGCCCAUCAAGCCCGGGAGGCGGAUGAACUGAAGACCGAGACGAGGAAGAAGAACCUCCUCAUCCUGAUUUAUCACCACCUGCUCGAACAAGGCUACGUGGCAACAGCUCUGGCCUUGGACCAGGAGACGAAUGGAGGCGUGAGGAGGUUCGAGGUCUGUGACAACAUCGAUCUGGAGAUGGUGUUGAUGGAGUAUGAGAGUUAUCACUACGUCAAGUUCCAGAAGUAUCCCAAACUCAUCCGAAGAGGAGCAGAGUCGGGUGAAGGCAGACAUGCAAAAAGUGGUGGAGUCAAGAGGAGUCCCUGUUCAGCUGUGAAGCCUCUUCCUAAGAUCAGCCCGGCUACACGCCCUCAGUCUGGGAACGGAUCCAAGAGGAAAAUUGCAGUUCUCCAUUCAAAUGAGCAGAGCGGCGUCCCCGUUCAGCCAGAGCUGACAGAGUUUGGUCUCAAUGUGUCAUCCCUGAGAAACGGACCGGCUGGGGAGGCCGUCAGCAACAGGAAGACGACCGAGGGCAAAGCUUCGAUGAACGACGCCGUCAGGAGAGAGGGCCUUGACUCAGACCAUAUGGAACGGCUGCUGAAGCCGCUCAGUGGCUUUUCGGGGAUGAAUGUUGAGAUGAAGGAACUGGCCUCUAUCAUCAGCAGGGACAUCUAUUUGCACAGCCCCAACGUGCGGUGGGAGGACAUCAUCGGUCUGGAGGAUGCCAAGCGAUUAGUCAAAGAGGCCGUCGUUUAUCCCAUUAAGUAUCCCCAGUUGUUUACAGGCAUCCUGUCUCCAUGGAAGGGCUUGCUGCUUUAUGGUCCACCAGGCACGGGUAAGACGCUCCUGGCCAAGGCCGUGGCGACCGAGUGUAAGACUACCUUCUUCAACAUCUCAGCCUCCAGCAUCGUCAGCAAGUGGAGGGGAGACUCUGAGAAACUGGUCCGGGUUCUGUUUGAGCUGGCCCGGUACCACGCGCCAUCCACCAUCUUCCUGGACGAGCUGGAGUCUGUGAUGAGCCAGAGAGGGAGCGGGACGGGAGGAGAGCAUGAAGGAAGCCGCAGGAUGAAGACGGAGCUGCUGGUGCAGAUGGACGGCCUGGCCCGAUCAGAGGACCUCGUGUUUGUACUCGCUGCCUCCAACCUGCCCUGGGAGCUUGACCACGCCAUGCUGAGGAGGCUGGAGAAGAGGAUCUUGGUUAGUCUUCCCUCCCUGCCGGCCCGUCAGGCCAUGAUCUCUCACUGGCUGCCUCCCGUCAGCUCUCCAGGAGGGGUGGAGCUCCGGACUGACCUGGACUAUCAGCUGCUGUCAGAGGAGACCGAGGGCUACUCCGGCUCUGACGUCCGAUUGGUGUGUAAAGAGGCGGCCAUGAGGCCAGUUCGCAAGAUCUUUGAUGCCCUGGAGUCACACCAGGACGACACCGACAUGCCCUCCAUCCAGCUAGAAACUGUCACCUCAGCGGACUUCCUGGAAGUGAUCGCACACACCAAACCCUCCGCCAGGAACCUGAUGAGCAGAUACACAGCCUGGGAGAGAGAGUACGAGUCCGUAUGACUCUCUCACACACACACACACACCCAUUGGUUCGGCUUGACACAAGAAGAGACCCAACAACACAAUGUAUCCAAAGAAAACGUCAUCUCCCCUCCCGCCAUUACAUUUACUGAGAACAUCAGUC